CGCUUCCGCCCGACUACCUUUUUUAUCACGCACUCCGCGCCCCUGGCACCAGUAGUGGCAGAGUCGGGACACGAGGAAUGAGCGCGGGCCUCGGCUCCGGCAGCCGGGACCCUGCUCCAAUUCCGCGCAGCCCAGCCGCGUCCCACUCCGAAGCCGCGCCGCCGCCCGGCCCGCCGCUGCGGGCGCCCGGCCCGCGGUGCCCGCCUGCCGAAGCCGCCGGCUACUCCCACCAGCUGCUGCCGCCGCCGCCGCUGCCGCUGCUGCUGCAUUGAACACCGCCCCGCGCCGCGCCAUUGUCCCCACCGCCCUGCCAGCGAAGCCGCGCCGCGGAUCGGGAGGCGAGGGGCGCGCAUGGGUGGGCGCAGCUGAUGCCCGCGCCGCUGCGCCGCACUCCGAGGCUGCGUCCCAGGAAGUCCGGCUCUCCUCUCCCCCAAGUCCGGCGAGGCUCCCCGCCCUGGAGCGCGACCCCAUGGAGGCGCCCGAGCCAACCAAAGCGGCCGCGGUAGACCCCGACCCUCCCCAGAGCCCGGGAGAGACUCCCGAUGAGGCGCCCGCUCAGGGGCCCGGCUCUGACACCCCCGCCUCCGAGUCGCCCGCCUACCGCCUGCAAGACUUCGACACGCUGGCCACCGUGGGCACGGGGACGUUCGGGCGGGUGCAGCUGGUGCAGCUGAAGACGGCCAAGCGCUUCUUCGCCCUGAAGGUCAUGAGCAUCCCCGAGGUGAUCCGGCUGAAGCAGGAGCAGCACGUGCACAACGAGAAGUCGGUGCUGAAGGAGGUCAACCACCCCUUCCUGGUGAAGCUCUUCUGGACGCACCACGACGAGCGCUUCCUCUACAUGCUGAUGGAGUUCGUGCCGGGCGGCGAGCUGUUCAGCUACCUGCGCAACUGCGGCCGCUUCUCCAACAGCGCGGGGCUCUUCUACUCGGCCGAGAUCGUGUGCGCGCUCGAGUACCUGCACUCCAAGGAGAUCGUGUACCGGGACCUGAAGCCCGAGAACAUCCUGCUGGACAAGGACGGGCACGUCAAGCUGACCGACUUCGGCUUUGCCAAGAAGCUGGUGGACAACAGGGACCAGGCCCCCGGCCCCCACAAGAAGAGAGACAAAGAGAAGCCGUGGGGUGAGAUGCUGCCGUUGGUCGCCGCCGGUGAGCGCCCUGACCAGGAUCAGAACUCGCCGCCUAGGACAUGGACCCUCUGCGGGACCCCCGAGUACCUGGCCCCCGAGGUCAUCCAGAGCAAGGGCCACGGCCGAGCCGUCGACUGGUGGGCGCUGGGCAUCCUCAUAUUCGAGAUGCUUUCGGGGUUCCCCCCGUUUUUCGACGACAACCCCUUUGGCAUCUAUCAGAAGAUCCUUGCCGGCAGAAUCGACUUCCCCAGACACUUGGAUUUCAACGUCAAGGACCUCAUCCGGAAGCUUCUGGUGGUUGACCGGACCAAGCGCCUGGGAAACAUGAAGAACGGAGCUGAUGACGUCAAGCGCCACCGCUGGUUCCGCACGCUGGACUGGGACGCCGUCCCGCAGAGAAAACUCAAGCCCCCCAUCCAGCCCAAAGUGUGCGGCGAAGGCGACACCUCCAACUUCGAACCUUACCCUGACAACGACUGGACCACAGCUCCCGCGGUGUCUGCCAAAGAGCUGGAGCUGUUCAAGAACUUCUGAGGGCGCGAGCCCACCCCGGGAAGACACGGAAUGACGUCAGCCUGUGUGGGACAAAGGCGUCCCCGCUGUGCGGCCUUGGGGACACCCUGCAGAUGGGACUAGGAUGGGACCCCGUCGUACCCGCCCCCCCCCGUAUCUCCACAAAGCGACCGGAAGCCACACUGGACACUCAUGGACCUCACCUUAUUUAAGCACCUGGAAGUCGACGGCACAGGAGGAUGUCAUAAACCCUUGUCUGGGUGCAGGUUUUAUGUUGUCUUUCGCACGGGUUCUCACUGUGACGAUGCCUGGUUUCCUCAGAGCCUCAGCUUUUUAUAAGCUUGAAUCGAGCGUGCUUGGGUAUAACCACAGAUUGUGUGUGUGUGCAUGUGUGUUUGCGUGCGUGUGCAACAGCCGUGUGACGAAAGCCGUGGAGACCACGUUCAGACUUUGCACAGCCGCCGGCUUUCAGUCCUCCCUUUCCUCCGUCAAGGAACGGCUCUCUCUUGGGGACAAUGCCUGAAAAGUAGGAUGGGGUGUGUGUUGGCUUCACCCCCUUCUGUGCAUCUGUGAAGAAAAGAAUCGUGUGGCCUUGCCUAGCUAGCACCUGAAACGCCUCGUGUCUGCUCACAGGAGGUCUUGGAGGCAAAGGCAAAGGAAGGAGACUUGUGCUUGGACUUUAAUCCAGAAAUACUCAGUGACCCUGACAGUGGCUCAAGGAAUGCAACCCCAAUCAAGAAAUAUCUUCUGUAUCUUCCCAAAUUCCACGUGGCCUGGGGGAAGGCCACCUAUAAAAAUUCUACAACGUAACCCCCCCCGCCCCCCAAAAAGGUGGCUUGAUGUUGGCUCCAUGGUGUGCGUCACCUUCGGUCAGAGAUUUU